AUGGACCGUAGAGUCAGUGACCUUUGGCCUCUGGGAAACGUUUCGGAGCCGUCGGCAUGGAAACAGUCCGCUCAGAGCCUGAUGCCCCUGCGAUCGAGGACAGGAGACCCCUUCAGGUUGGUUGAGUCAUCGGGCUGCGAUCAUGUGACAUCACCGCCCUCUAAGCCCCGCCCACGAGAGAGCCGCAGCCGCUCGAUUGGGCAGCUGGACUUCGCGGCUUUGCCCUCUUCUUCUCUGUCUCCUUCUGUGUCGCACCCGUCCAUCAUUUCCUCUGGCUUCCUACUAGACGUUAUAAACCGCUCGGACUCUGACUCCGCCCUCCCACUCUCUCUCAGCGAAUCGCGGAUCCCCUAUAGCUCCAGGCUCCUCCCCCUCUCCAUGAGGCCCCUCCCCUUCGGCGGCGGUUUGGAGAAAAGCACGAGUUUGGGCGAGCUCAGAGUCGCCCCGGAGAUGGGGGCGGGGCUAAUGGCAGGAAGCAGGAAGGGCAUUGCUGAGACGGGGGCGGGGCUUACGGCAGGAAGCACGAAGUGCGUCACGGAAGAGGACAGCGGAAGCAAUGGCACCUCAACCGACGAAACCGAAAACGCCACAACGAGAAGGAGUGCGUUAAACCGACUGUUCAGGAGGAGACAGGGGCGCAAACAGGACUAG